UUAUUGAGCAACUACACACUUUCCUGCGCAAGUUAACUCUGGAAAUUCUAAAAGGAUUUAGACAAGAACAAACUUGAUCCGAAUACUGCAUAAAAAAGGGCUGUGUGAAUAUGUUAUGAGCCACUAUUAGCCUAAGAGUGAGAAAAUCAUGUCACAACAGGCGAGUGAAAGGGAAUCAAAGCCUGAAAAACUUAUUGACACUAUCAGGCAUAAAAUAGAGAAGAAUGAACAGUUCUUUUCCUUGGAGUUUUAUCCACCAAAGACCUUCAAUGGAGCAACCAACCUUAUGGCAAUACUUGGAAGAUUACAUGAACAGUGUACUCCUCUCUUUUGUGACAUCACUUGGAAACCAUCUCAAGACCCUAUGUCAGACAAGUGUCAGUCAGAGCCUAGCACACUGUUAGUUUCUGCGGCAAUGAUUGAUGUAUAUGGACAAAAUAUUAUGAUUCACAUCCCAUCAGGAAACACAACAAGAAGUCAGGUGUUGGAGCAUCUUAAUCGAGCUAAAAAUCUUGGUAUUAAAAGUGUUCUUGCAGUGAGAGGAGCAGAUGAAAGCUAUGGUGAAGCCAUGACACCAAAAGAAGAUGGAUUCGACUACACUGUGGACCUGGUUAAAUUUAUCAAAAGUGAAUUUGGGGACCACUUCACAAUAGGAGUGGUAGGUUAUUUGAUGGCCUCCUCUGACGUUCACAGUUAUGAAGAAGACUUAAAACAUCUUAAAGCCGAGGUUGAUGCCGGUGCAGACCUUAUCAUUACACAAAUGUUCUUUGAAGUUAAAACUUUCCUUAAGUUUGUUGACGAUUGCCAGAGAUAUGGAAUCAAUGUUCCCAUUAUACCUGCCCUUUUUCCAAUACAGAACUUUAACUCAUUGCGGCAACUGAAACGGCAAUCCCGCGUAGAGAUACCACAGUGGCUGUUGGACAAACUGGCUCCAAUGAAAGAUGACACCACUGCUGUCAUGAAUUACGGCAUCAAAUACUCCACAGAAAUGUGUAAGCAGCUGUUUGAAAGCGGCCACGUCCAUGGUGUACAUUUCUAUACAUUGAACAGGGAGACCUCCAUCACAGAAAUUCUAGAAAAGAUUGGAAUGUCGCAUAAGGAGGACGAACUGGAUUCCGUUUCUAUGCGGAGACUGCCUUGGAUGCCGAGCCCCGCCCAAGCAAGGAGGGGCCAAAUGGAGCUAGUUCGUCCGAUUUUUUGGACCUCAAGACCUCGCAGUUACAUGAUCCGUACUUCAAACUGGGAUGAGUUCCCGAACGGGAGGUGGGGAGAUUCUAGCGCAGCGUCAUUUGGAGAAUUAAAGGAUUAUCAUUUGGUGCUGCUGGGUACAAACAAGAGUAAAGAGGAACUGUUGAACAUGUGGGGACGCGAGUUGAACAGCCCUGAGGACGUGUUUGAAGUGUUUGUGUGCUAUUUGAAUGGAAAUGAAAACAGGCAUGGGUACAAGGUGGCAUCAGAAACAUUGCCUUUUGUCGAUAAACUCGCCCAUAUCAACAGACACGGAAUACUCACGAUCAACAGCCAGCCAAACGUGAAUGGUGCACCUUCCACAGACCCUGUGUCGGGAUGGGGGCGUCCGGGCGGAUACGUUUUUCAAAAGGCUUAUUUGGAGUUCUUUACCAGUGAAGAAAUAGCAAUGUGCCUUCAUGAAGUCCUUCAAGACUAUCCUACCGUUAAUUAUCACAUUGUGAACUUCUCGGGAAAGGAAGACGUGACAAAUGCGAAUGUGUACUCUUCCAAUGCUGUUACUUGGGGCGUGUUUCCAGGAUCAGAGAUUCUUCAACCGACUGUAGUGGAUCCUAUUGCUUUCCAGUUUUGGAAGGACGAGGCGUUUGCUCUCUGGAAGCAUCAGUGGGGACAUAUUUAUCCCGAUAAAUCUCGUUCACGUGGGAUAAUCGACACCAUUCAUGAUACUUAUUAUCUUAUUAACCUGGUGGACAAUGAUUAUGUGGCUGGAAAUAUCUUAUUUGAUAUUCUGGACAUCGUGUUGAAAAAACUGGGCAAAAUAUGAUAUACUGCUGUACACUGGUGGGAUCGCAAAAUUAGUACGAUUUGUCGUUUUUGCCUCGUUCAAUAGCAAGAUGAGGUUGUUGGGAAGUUCUUUUUUUUCAUGAUUAUGAUGCAAUGACAUAUGAUCGACUUUUGACGUCAAAAAUUUAUAAACCUCUUACUAACCGAGUUCGAGGUCUGUACUCUAAGUUACGGACCACGUCACACGCGGGUCAUAAAAUCCGAGCGGAAAGAACGAGGUGAUAUGUGGUGGUUUGCGCUUUGAACAGAGACAUAAAUGUUGAUCUCGAUCUUGCAGGAUCCUUACAUUUGACUGACAUGGGACGAUUAGUAACAAAUUAGGAAGAUUAGUAGCAGUCUCCUUUUCGGUAAAGUCCUUCGCGCGUGUCAAAAAUAAUCAGCCCAGAUAGAGAAAUGAUGUUAGUACGCCGCGCAGAACUUUGAAAGUGAGCUGCACUAAAAGUAGCACUCUCCGAGUUCUGCGCGGCGCGCUAACAUCAAUUUUUUUCAUCGCUGACUUUUUUUGUUUCGACUCGCACGACGGACUUCGCCGAAAAGACGUACCGCUUGUAUUGUACAAAUUAAGAACAGGAAAUGCUAUGUGAUCUUCAUUGAAAAUUAAGCUAAUUUUUACUGGAGGAUCGUUUCAUGAAAGCAUCGUGAGAAAUUCACUCGUUAAUUUUUCAAAAGCAACAUUCAUUCAUUUCUUAAAAAAAUAUUACUUACACAUGAAAGCGUGAAAUGCUAGGCUGAUUGUAAAAAGAGUAAAUGGAAAUUACCUUCAGAAACACCUUCACAAACAUCUAAUAUAUAUCCGGUUAUUGGUAAAAUGAUAAGAUGAUCAUGAACAUACUUGAAGAUUAUUGAAAUAAAGAGGUUCUAAAAUAA